CCUGAAGCGGUGGAGCGGACUAGUGAAGCAACAUCCCUUGUCCUUGAUGGAGGCGGACGCUAGCUAUGAAUGAUGCUUUCCCUUUCGUCUAGAUCAGACCAUCGCGGCUCCCCUUAAUAAGCCCCCUGUAGUAGUUUUUAUUAAGGGGAAAAGUAACUCCAUUAAACCUUCUGGCACUUGUCUCACGCUUAAUCCCUUAUUAAGGGGAAAAGGGUACUACAAGUACUACUAGCCGUGAUCCGAUGGUCUGGCUAGUUGGAAAAAUCGCCAUUCAUACUAGCCGGUGUUUAGCCUUGAACGUCGCAGUGCUGGAAGCGGUCUAUAGAGAAGCGCAUCCGCGGGGAAACGCAGUAGGCAGUGCAAGAAGUCUAUCCAGUAGUACGGAAGAUGCCGGAGCAGCAGGUGCUGGGAC